CAUAAAUAUUAUUCACCUAUAUAGUCCUUUCUCUUAGACCUCUAUCAUAUCACACUCAAAGCAAGAAAAAAAAAAAAAACAUUCCACAUAGCUUUGGUUGUAGUACCAUACUAUAAGCAUUAUUGAGUGUGUAGGCAAAUGAGGAAACCUGAUCUGAUGGCCAACAAGGACAAAGUGAACAACAUUAAGAUCAAGUUGAGAAAAGGGUUGUGGUCACCUGAUGAAGAUGAGAAGCUCAUAAGGUACAUGUUGACAAAUGGACAAGGGUGUUGGAGUGACAUUGCCAGGAAUGCUGGUCUUCAAAGGUGUGGCAAAAGUUGCCGUCUUCGUUGGAUUAAUUACUUGAGACCUGACCUCAAACGUGGUGCAUUCUCACCCCAAGAGGAAGAUCUCAUCAUUCACUUGCAUUCCAUUCUUGGCAAUAGGUGGUCUCAGAUUGCAGCACGUCUCCCUGGGCGCACAGACAAUGAGAUAAAGAAUUUCUGGAACUCCACAUUGAAAAAAAGGUUGAAAACCAAUACUUGUACUCCAUCACUAAACAACAGCACAGACUCAUCAGAGUCUAAAGAUGUUUUGAGUGGGAUCAUGCCCUUCAAUGAACAUGACAUCAUGACCAUGUGCAUGGACUCCUCCUCAUCAAUAUCAUCCAUGCAAGCAAUGGCUUUGCCUGACCAAUUUGACCCCUUUUCCAUGUUUGUAAACAAUAAUCAGUGUGACAUGACCACUAAUGUUUCACCCAACUUUCCCAACAUGCCUGCAUCAUGCAUGACCCAAAUUGGCAUGGUGGAGGGGCAUCAAGGGAAUUAUGGGGUAUUGGAGCCAACUAAAAUGGGGUUAGGACUUCCUUCCCUAGAAAGUAGAAGCAUUGAAAGCAAUAGUGUCCCAAUUGAUGUGAAAAGCCAUAACAACAACCACUUCAAUUAUGGUUCCUUCAAUAACACUGAUAAGAUUCAAGGCUCCAAAGUAGAGGACUUAAUUGGGUUUGGAAAUCAUGGGCAAGGGGAAAAUUUAAAAAUGGGAGAGUGGGAUUUGGAGAAUUUGAUGCAAGACAUAACCUCUUUUCCUUUCCUUGAGUUUUAAGUUCUAUAAGUGCAUGCCCCUUCUUUGAAAUUCCCUUCCUCUUUCUCACUUUCCCUCUCACAUACCCACCACAUGCAUAUAUAGCAAUAUACAAAGACAACACAAACCUCACAUUAGGAAACUUUAGGUACCCAUAAUUUUUCCCUUCUGCAAUCCUUUCAUACUUUUGUUUCUUGCAUCUUGUUUUGUUAAUUUCUUUUCAUCCUUUUGCAAAUUGUACACGCACCAAAUAUGAAUCCAAUUGUCUUAGGCAUAGUUUCUGUAAUGAAAAUUGUAGUAGUAUGUGUACAGUGUAGCCAGGAGUUUCUUGUGCUGUUGGAGCUCCUGUGGUUUGCUUGUGAAGUACUUUGUGUCAAUUUGAGGGAAUAGGUUGGUGUAAUAAUCCAAGUACCCUUUUAUCAAGAGAAAUAGCGAUCAUUUAUAAAGUCAACAGCGGAAUAAAGAUUAGUUGAGUUGUAUGUAGUAAUGUGUAUAACGAAAGAAAUAAUGUGGAGAUGGAAAUUGUUAGUUAGUGUCGGUGGAUGUUAUUGUAAGCAGAUGUACACAAUGAUGUAAUUGUAAACACAUCAACAUGUAGCAACUUUGCAAUUUGUUCA